AGGUCACAAAAGACAAUGUCCGGCAUCCCGUCGCCGGACCUCGUGGGGCUGGGCCCCCUCAAGGCGCUCAAGGGUGAGGGCCCGAUCGUGGCAGCUGGCACGCUUGGCAUUUGCGUGGUUGGACUCGUUGUUGGCCAAGUCUGGUUUGCCUCAAUCGCGCACAAAAAGCCGUCGACGAUGACGCCCCAGUGGGCGGCUGCCACCGAGCGGUAUCGCGCGAUGCAGCUUCAAGACCCCAUCCACGGCGGGGCGGCCUGAGAAGUGGUGAAUGCCCUCUCGGCUUCCUUUUUGUGCGCGUUGCUGUGUGGGUGCGCGCCGCAGGCCCGUGGACCAGGCCGACUCUACCCGAGUGCCGCGAGCGCCUUGCUUGCUUCACUUCCGUCUCUCUAUGUUGCGCUGUGUUCGGCGGCCGCUGGCCGCUGCCUCCCUCACGCCUCAGCCUGCCAAAAUGUAAAUGGUCUGAGAGAGAGUGAGAGCGAGUUGCGUUGUUUGUUGUUAGACAUAGCGAAUAGCGAGUCAU